AUGCAGUACAUUAUGGAAGGAAUUAUGGAGGAAAACAACUUGGCAGAGGUUCUAGAUGCUGAAGUAGUUUAUGAAGAAGAAGAAGUUUCUGAAGAUCAUGAGAUUGGCUUGGAGGAGCUAGAACAAGCACCUCCUUGGAUAGAUGAUGAAGCCAUCCAUGUUAGAGAGGAGUUAGAAGAAGUGAAUCUUGGAACCUCUGAGGAACCUCAGGUAACUUUUGUUAGUAAAAACCUAGAGGUUGGUUUAAAAACAAAAUUAACUGUACUCUUACAGGAGUACAAGGAUUGCUUUGCAUGGCAAUAUUCUGAUAUGCCGGGGUUAAGCAGGACAUUGGUAGAACAUCGGCUUCCUAUUAAGCCCGAGUUUCAGCCAUACCGCCAACCUCCAAGAAGAGUGCCAAAAGAAGUUGAAUUAAAGGUAAAAGAAGAAAUUGAAAAAUUGUGUAAAGCAGGCUUUAUUAGGCCUGUUAAAUAUAGUAAUUGGUUGGCAAAUGUUGUUCCAGUGUUUAAAAAGAAUGGAAAACUUAGAAUAUGCAUAGACUUUAGGGACUUAAAUGAAGCAACUCCUAAAGAUAUUUAUGCCAUGCCAAUUGCUGACACUCUUAUUGAUGCUACAGCUAAUCAUUCUCUUUUGUCUUUUAUGGAUUGUUUUGCUGGAUAUAAUCAGAUUAUGGUGGCUAAAGAAGACAUCUCCAAAACGGCAUUUAGAUGUCCAGGAUCUAUUGGGACAUUUGAAUGGGUGGUCAUGCCGUUUGGUUUACGUAAUGCUGGUGCAACAUAUCAGAAGGCUAUGAAUGCCAUCUUCCACGACCUCUUAGGUAAAACUAUGGAGGUUUAUAUUGAUGAUGUUGUUGUAAAAUCAAAACUAAUAAAAGAUCAUUUGAAAAAUUUAGAGGAAGCAUUUAGGAGGAUGAGAGUUCACUCUGGAAAUUUUUUGGUGUUUUUGGUCCAUGAAAGAGGCAUUGAAGUGGACCAAAACAAAACCAAAGCUAUUCGAGAAGCUAAACCGCCUAGAAAUAAGACAGAACUUCAGAGGUUUCUUGGGCAGGUUAAUUACUUAAGGAGAUUUAUAUCUAAUCUUGCAGGUAAAACAAAAGUGUUCUCAGAACUGUUGAAAUUAAAAAAGGAGGACGUCUUCAGAUGGGAAACCAUCCAUCAAGAGGCUUUUGAUGAAAUUAAAGAUUAUUUAAUGAAGCCUCCUGUAUUGAUGCCUCCCAAAAAGGGUAUACCUCUGAGGUUGUACAUUUCAGCAGCUGAAGGUUCAAUUGGGUGUCUGCUAGCCCAGAGCAACCAAGAUGGACAUGAACAAGCUAUUUAUUAUUUGAGCCGUUCGAUGACAUCUACAGAGGUCAGAUACACUCCUAUCAUGAAAUUGUGUCUGGCUUUGUUUUUUGCCUGCACUAAGUUAAGACACUAUCUGCUUAGUAAUAGAGUCUAUGUGGUAUCUCAAACCGACUUGAUGAAAUAUAUGCUAAACAAACCUGUUUUAUCCGGCAAUAUUGGAAAGUGGUUAUUAAAUUUGGCAGACUUUCAUUUGAUUUAUCAUCCCCAGAAGUCGGUCAAAGGUCAGGCUCUAGCAGAUUUCCUAGCCGACCAUCCAUGUAUAAACCUAGGAGAUGAAAGUAAAUUUGACUUGCCGGUUUUUAUGAAUGAACAUAGACCUUGGAUGCUUAAAUUUGAUGGGUCUAGUACAGAUAGGUCUGCGGGUGCUGGAAUCAUAAUAGUAUCACCUUCUGGAGCUAAGACCUCCUUGUCUUUUAAUCUUGACUUUGAAUGUACAAAUAAUCAAUCUGAGUACGAGGCUUUGAUUAUUGGAUUAGAAAUCCUCCUAGAUCUAGGUGCUAAAAAGGUCAAAAUAAUUGGAGAUUCUCAAUUGGUUAUUAGACAAGUGUCUGGCGAAUAUAAAUGCAUGAGCUACUCUUUAACUUCUUAUUAUGCUAUUGCUAUACAGUUAAUAGAGAGUUUCGAAGAGGUUGAAUUAGUACAUGUUCCUAGAGAAGAAAAUUGGGAGGCCGAUGAAUUAUCACAGCUAGCAUCUGGCCUACGUCUGUCGGAGGAGUUAACUCACCGACUAGUAAUGGUACAAAGAAAAACUCACCCUUCAAUUUUUAAAAGAGGAGUACAACUAGAUAUUUUCAAUAUUGAUGAUAACUUAGUACAGGAUUGGAGGAGAGACAUUAAAAAGUACCUGGAGAAUCCUAGCAAGACGAUGAUGUAUAAAGUAAGAGUGAGAGUUGUUAACUACGUGCUCAUAGAAGAUGUUUUAUACAGAAGAGGAUUUGACAACCUAUUGCUAAGAUGCCUUGGAACUACAGAGGCACUAGAGGUCACGAAACAAACUCAUGAGGGAAUUUGUGGAGCACAUCAAUCUGGAGUGAAAAUGAGAUGGCUGAUCCGAAGACAUGGUUACUUCUGGCCAUCUAUCCUAAAAGAUUGCAUGACCUUUGCAAAGGGUUGUCAAUCGUGCCAAAGGUAUGGAAACAUACAAAGACUUCCAGCUGCUGAGUUGAAGUUUGUCAUCAAACCAUGGUCAUUCAGAGGUUGGGCCAUAGAUUUGAUAGGUAAAAUAUAUCCUCCAUCUUCUAAAAAUCACAGUUUCAUAAUUGUAGCUACUGAUUAUUUUACCAAAUGGGUAGUCGCUAAGCCAUUGGUAAAAACAGAGCAAAAAGAUGUUAUUAAAUUUAUUAAAGAGGAAAUUAUUCAUCAAUUUGGAAUUCCACAAUCAGUAACUACUGACCAGGGCCCAAUGUUCACUGGUAAGGAGAUGCAAGAAUUUGCCACUGAUUAUGGAAUAAAAUUAUUGACCUCUACACCUUAUUAUGCUCAGGCCAAUGGCCAAGCUGAAUCUUCUAAUAAAAUUAUCAUCAACAUAGUUCAAAAGAUGUUGGAAGAAAAUCCAAAGGAUUGGCAUCGAAUUUUAUCAGAAGCACUCUGGGCAUAUCGCACCUCUAGGCGAAAUGCUUCUGGAGUAAGUCCAUUUAUGCUAACCUAUGGUCAUGAUGCAGUGUUACCCAUGGAGGUGGUGGUGAGGUCAUUGAGAGUAGCUAAGCAGAAUCAUUUGACUCCAGAAGAUUACAAUAAAACCAUGAUGAUGGAGUUAGAAAAUCUAGAAGAAGGGAGACUUCAGGCUUUAAACUAUAUGAUUAUACAGAAGAAGAAAGUCUCCAGAAGCUACAACAAGAAAGUUAGACCUAAGACAUUUCAAGAAGAUGAGCUAGUAUGGAAGUUGAUCUUACCCCCUGGUACUAAAGAUAGAGAAUAUGGGAAAUGGUCUACUAAUUGGGAAGGGCCAUUCUUAGUCCACAAGGUGAUGAAGGGGAAUGCAUACUGGCUAUCAAGUUUAGAGGGUGAGCCUCAUAAAAAAUUUAUUGAUGGAAAGUACUUGAAGAAAUACACUCCCACCAUCUGGGAGAAAUACAACUUAGAGAUAACUUAA